GUCGGGUAUGCGACUGGAAGCAGAGGGCUCUCGUCCAUUUGUCAGCGCCAAGGUCGAUCAACCAGGGUUGUUGCAGCCGCAGCACCUCGACCAGGGGGGUGGCAGUUGGCUGUAUAUGAGGCCGAGGGCAGCACCGGUUCAGAGCAUGCAUCCAUCCACCGUAACAGCAAAGCAGCAAGCAGCACCGCACAUCCGGUAUCGACAUUGCCGUCUCUACUCUCAUCUCGCUCUGUUUGGAAGACCAAUAGCCAGCGCACCUCCAGCAGGAACAACCCCCCCCUUUCCCGUCACAAUGGAGCUCCAUGAACUUGGCCGCCACUGCGCCGUCCCGGAAUGCCACCGGUUAGACUACCUGCCCGUGCGAUGCGGGUUCUGUCGGAAAGAGUAUUGCCACGAACAUCGCGAGACAAAGGAUCACCCGGAUUGCACCGGAAGACCCAGCCGGAUCGUGCAGGUGUGCGGACAAUGCCAGCAGCCCCUGUCCGGCACCGAAGUGGCCCCGCAUGACUGCGAUGCAUACAACGCAAGGAGAAAAGCAGCAAAGAAGGCAAGCCGAUGUCACGUUCAAGGCUGCUCGAAAACGACGCUGGUUCCGAUGGAGUGCAGGGCAUGCGGAAGGAGAAUUUGCCUGGCGCACCGAGCGCCGCAGGAUCAUGCUUGCGUUCCAGCAAUGAAGACAGGGCGGCUGGCCCAGGAGCGAGAGGGGCCCCAGAGGCAUCUGACGGGGCCACAGCGAUUCUUCACGGUUCAGUGAGCUGCUGGCCGGCGGAGCAUGUGCCGGCGAUGACUGCGUCUGGAUGCAGGGCGAGCAUCACCAUGAGCCGAGGCACUUUGAGAAAGAACUCGGGGGCAGCUCGUCUGGGAAAGUCGAAAUACAUCA